AUGAGGACACCCACCUCGGAGACCUUCGGGCUUUCAGCGGGCUUCGCAAGGUCACCGACCUCGGUGACCUGCCCGGGCCUCCAGCGGGCCACGCAAGGUCACCGGCCCGUGUUUGACAUGCGGUGGCCUGCCAGGAGUUCCAACGAGCCUCGCAGGGUCACGGACCUCGGACAAGUCCAGCUGGGUCGGGGUUGCCGGAGAGCCAAGCACCCCACCCAUAGGCAGGUCACCGAGGUCGGUGACCUCGCGAGGCCCGUUGAUGGCCCCAGCAAGUCACCGAGGCCCCAGCAGGUCACCGAGGUCGGUGACCUCGCGAGGCCCGUUGAUGGCCGCGGCAGCUGGAGAUCCAGCCAGCGUUCGCUGGGGGCGCGCGUCGAGGCGCCGCAGCUGUUCGCCAAAGAGGCGGCGCGCGCGGGCAAGGGGGACCUGCGGGCGAUGCCAGAGAAGUCGCCGCCGCUCGCCCCUGCCUCGCUCCGCCACGCCACGGGCCCCUCGCAGCCAGAUGCGCCCUCGGCUCCGGAGGCCCCCCGCGGUGCUGCGGCCUGCGACCUCGGCCGCAGCCGCGCUUUGCGGGGGCCGCGCGUCGCGCUGCUCUGUCAGCGCGGCCCUGCCAGCGAUGGCUUCGACGGGGGUGCGAGGCUUGCGGGGCCCCCAGCGCCUGGGGCAGCCUCGCGAGCGCUGUCGAAGGCUUGGGCGCAGGGCAGGGGGGCCCGCAGUCGUGCGACCGCUGGCCGCUCCUUCGUGCUGACGGCCCUCGACGAGGCGGUGACCUCUCGCGUGCUCGCGGCCGAAGAUGAGCUUCGCCUGCGUCGGGCUCUGUCUGACUCGCGGGAAGUCGCUCGAGGCAUCGGCCCCGCGGACUCCGCGCUGGCCGCCGCUGGCUCCGCGGUGCCCAUGCAGGUCGCCGAGCAAGAGCGCGCGGGGUUGAGCGCGAUCCGCACGGCGCGUUCCGCGAUGGCCAGCAGCCUCGCCCCCUUCCGCCGCGCCGCGGGGCGAGGCUGGCCGCUGAAGAUCCCGCCGCCAGCUCCUCGCGGCGGGGCCAGCGGCGGGCGCGCGCGCGCGAGCCAGGGCCCGCGGGGGGAGGCGUUGGAGGACCACCCUAACCGCGGGGGCCGCGCGCCCGCCCCGCUCGGCAGCCGCGCCCGGCGCGCGGCCGACCGGCGCGGGAUCGCCAGCGCCGCGGCCCCGCCCGCGAUGCCCGACGCUGCCGCUGCGGCCGGCGGGGGCGGCGGUGCACCUUCAGGCUUUGCGGGCGGGGUCUGUCCUCUCGCGGUGGCUCUGGCCCCGCGGCGGCCCACGUGCCCGGCCGCCGCAUUAGUUCCGGCCCUCCUGCUCGGCGCGCCGCUGUCGGCGGGGCGCAGAGCCGCGCUGGCGCCAGGGGCCGGGAGUCGAACCGUAGGGGAGAUGCGCCCAGCCUCGUGCCAACCUCUGAUCCCGAAGCAUUUCUCGCCAAGGCCCCUGGCGCGGCCAGUCUCCGCGAUCGCGGGCCCCGGCGAGCUCACCGCAGAGGGCGCCGUCGCCCCCGAUGGCCAGGUGAGGGGCGGGGCUGUCGGAUCCCUCAUCCAGGGGGCCAUUCGGGAAGCCGGUCCGGGUCGCAAUGCGACGCGGCGCAAGCGGGUCGCGGCCGUGGCCGCCGUGCUGGACGGCUUGCGGCGCGCCUGCCUGGACGGGAAGUCGCCCCCCGUCUUGGGCCGGGUUCGCCGCGGGGGGCGCCCCGAGCUGCGUCGCGCGUUCGCGCGCGCAGUCUCGGCGGGGUCGCCCUCGGGGCUGCCCCCCGCGGCCCAGCGCCGCGAGACGUCGCGGGAGUGCGCGGCGCUCGCGAGGCUCGCUGGCGUCCGCGAUGCGAUGCGCCCCCCGUUCUUCGCGCCCGCGCGCGAGCGGGCGGGGCUGGUCUCGCAGGGCCGCGCAGCGGCGGCCCCGAACCCUGCUGACGCCCGCGCGGGCGCCGAGCCGGGCCCGGGCGGCGAGGACGGGGCGGCCGCGGGCGGAGGCGAGCGCUCCGGCCCGCCCAGCGGCCGAGGCCAGCGCGCGAGCGCGGGCGGGGCCGGCGCGCAGAGCCUCUCCGCGCCCGCGGGGCGGCCCUCGAUCGGCCGCGUCCUCGACAAGCUCGCGGGCACGCCCUCCGCUGGAGUGGCCGCGCUCCUCGGCGACCAGGAGGCCGACCUGGCGAAGAGGAGGUCGGUGCUGGCCGUCGAGGCGUGGCAGGACCGCGAGGACGAUGCCGCCCCGCUUCUGGACGCGCUGACCGUGAAUUGGAAGAAGUUCGGUGUCGAGGGCAGAAUACUCGACCUCAUCGACCUCCGCGCGGACGUGCGCGGGCGCCUGCGGGCGCCUUGGGACCCCGUGUUCCCGGACUUCGAGCAGACGGUGGGCGCCACGCCGCUGCACCUGGCCGCACGCAGGGGCCUUCUCGAGGUCUCCGCCGCCCUGCUGCGGCGUGAGGCCGACGUCGACGCCCAGAACCAGGCUGGCGUCACUCCCCUCAUGGUGGCCGUGGCGUUCUCGCGAGUAGAGAUCCUCGACUUGCUCAUCGAGGCCAGGGCGAGCGUUUCCGCCGCGGACGCGAACGGCAUGACUGCCGUCGACUGGGCGGUCCUGGAGGGCGAGGAUGGCAUGCUCGGCCGCCUCCUCGAGCUGGAGCAGGCCGAGGACGAGAGGAGGUACGAGCUGAUCAAGAACUCCAGCAUUGUGCUCGGCACGGUGGGCAUAGUAUCCGCGGCGUCCAAGGCCAGGGCGCGGAUCGACGAGGAGGGCGCAAGCGGCGGGCACGCCUCCGGGCCCCCGCCUCCUCCUCGUGCGCAGGGCACUCUUCUACACCGCCGUGCAUAGCCAGGGCCACCCGGGGCCACAGGAUGGUGUAUAGACAAUCUUGGCGUCAGCCAGGAGGGCGUAUACACCAUGCCAGGGCGCAGGAUCGCCCUAGCGAGGCACGAUGGUGUUGUACGGAUGCCCCGCCUGCGUACGUUAUGAUGCUCCUCCUCCUGCUCCUCCUCCUCCUCCUCCUGAGCACGACUGGUUCUUCUCAGGGCAUUCCCAGGGUAUUCCUCCUCCUCUUCCUCCUCCUCUGGUGAGGAGGAUCGCGAGCAGUUCGCCAAGAGGCACGAUGUCGACAGCGACAGCGGCAUCAGCGAAUUGCCCCGCACCUCGGACGCCGACGGCAGUGCGCGCGUGGGCAGGGGGGCGACGUGGCGCAGCCGCGGCGCGGCCUUGAGGACCCACGUCGGCGAGCAUCCGGCCAGCGACGUGGCGGAAAAGUGCCCAAUCUUCCCCUGA